CUGUUUAGGUAAGCCACGCGAUUAUCAUCAACAUGCGUUUAUAAAUAAGCGCAAUCUAUUGACAGAGAUUUCAUAAAUAACCGCUUCAAAUUUUAAUCUAUCAGCAAAGAAGUGCCUUCUCUUGCCUUACAUCGGAGGCCGACGUAACAGGCCCUGGACUUUGCUGCCUCUACUCGUUUGUGGAGUACUCGCAUAACCUGUUGUCACCCCAGCAACUGCUAAUUAAGAGUUGAUUGGAGCCGCGCCUGUUGUUGAAAGCAAUCAGCCGGAAAGAAAAUAGAAAAUAGAAAAAGAAUACAAAGUAAAAUGGUUGUCGGCAAAGGUGAAGAAUCGCCUUUCAUCGAAGGCAAACAGCCGGUGACCCUUAAUCCCUCGUGGGAGUCGCAGAUGAAAUCGGAUCCGAAAGGCAAAUGCUCGACAGUAUCCAAAAUUGUAUCGAAUCUGCAGCCGCCAGUUGAUAAAUACAAGUUGGUCUUCUUCAUAUUUAUGCUUCAUGGAUUGGGCACGCUAAUGCCUUGGAAUAUGUUUAUAACAGCGAAGUCGUAUUUCGAGGAUUUCAAGCUAGGUGAAAAUUACACGAUCAAAACUGAGGUUAACUAUCGCGGCAACUUUAUGCAGAAUAUAGGCUUUGCAUCGCAAAUUCCAAAUGUUCUCUUCAACUGGAUAAAUAUAUUCAUUAAUUUUGGCGGUGAUCUAACAACUCGCAUUGUUUAUAGCAUUCUAUUGGAAAUCGUUAUCCUUAUAAUAACCGUAGUGCUGGCCAUGUUGGACUCAUACGAGUGGCCCGGCAUAUUUUUUUGGGCAACUAUGACCUCAAUUGUACUUAUAAACAUGUGCAAUGGAAUCUACCAGAGUACAAUUUACGGACUUGUUGCAGCUCUGCCCCCAAAGUAUACGGGUGCCGUUGUGCUGGGAUCCAAUAUUAGCGGUUGCUUUGCCACAAUUAUGUCAAUGCUGUGUGCGACGUUCUUCACUUCGAUGCGUACAUCGGCUAUAUAUUAUUUCGUGACUGCGAUUUUGAUUUUGCUCUUCUGUUUUGAUACAUAUUUUGCACUGCCGUUGACCAAGUUCUAUCGGCAUUACGAAAUGUUGAAUAACGAAAAGAAAUCGGACUCCCGAUCUCAAUUAAAUGUUCCUUAUUGGCAAAUAUUUAAGAAAGCCUCGCCACAGCUUUUUAACGUAUUUUUCACCUUCUUUGUCACACUGGCUGUCUUCCCUGCCGUCCAUUCGGACAUUAAGGGAUCCGAUGAUUUUAUCAUAGGCAGCAAAUAUUUCACGCUUGUCACCUGCUUCCUCACGUUCAAUGUAUUUGCCAUGCUGGGCAGCCUCACCACAUCUUGGGUACAGUGGCCCAAGCCCAAGUAUCUUGUUGUUCCAGUUGUGCUCCGAGUUGUCUUCAUACCCCUUCUACUGUUCUGCAACUACGUGCCGAAGGAUAUUGUAAGGACUCUGCCCGUUUAUAUAACAAAUGAAUGGGUAUAUUGGUUGAUUGCGAUAAUAAUGUCGUACAGCUCCGGCUAUUUGAGUUCCUUGGGCAUGAUGUAUGCACCAGGCACUGUUCAUGCCAGAUAUCAAAUAACCGCCGGUAUGUUUGCCUCUGCCGUCCUUAUCACGGGUAUUUUCUCCGGCAUAAUGUUCUCCUAUUUGAGUCCAUUAAUCAUACAACUUUGAAAUUUUGUUCUACUUCAACAAAUGAAGAACAUUUUCUUUUUUACAAAUGUCAUUAACCCAAAUAGCAACUGGAUAUUAUUAAAGAAGCCAACUAAAUUUUUAAUAU